AUGAUGUUUCUUCCUAUUUUCUUCUUCUUUUCACUUCUCUUCUCUUUCUCUCAAGCCUCAGUUGUAGACUUCUGUGUUGCAGAUUUCUCACUGCCUGAUGGACCUGCAGGCUACUCCUGCAAGAAGCCUGCAAAAGUUACUGUGGAUGAUUUUACUUACUCGGGCUUAGGCAAAGUUGGAAACACUUCUAACAUCAUAAAAGCCGCGGUCACCCCUGCUUUUGCGGCCCAGUUUGGCGGUGUGAAUGGGCUUGGGCUUUCCAUGGCCCGUCUAGACAUUGCGGUGGAUGGGGUUGUGCCAAUGCAUACUCACCCAGGAGCCUCAGAGAUUUUGUUUGUGGGACUUCUUCAUUUUCAAAUUAACUCUGGGAAGACCAAUGCCCUUGCAAUUGUUAGCUUCAGUAGCUCGAACCCAGGUCUUCAAAUCUUGGACUUUGCUUUGUUUGCUAACGACUUGCCUUCUGAGUUGGUGGAGAAGACCACUUUUCUUGAUGAUGCGCAGGUGAAAAAGCUCAAGAAGGUUCUGGGUGGUACUGGUUAA